AAUUUAAAUUUACGUUUACUUGAUACUUCAUCUGUUAUUUAAAACAAAUACGAUAAUAAACGUAUGUUAUAAAAAUAUGUGAUUUUUCGAAUAUAAAGUUCUUUACUGUAUUCAUAUUAAUCUCACUAGUGAAUCAUUUAUGUUUUUUCUUAAUUUAAAUUAUAUUAAAAAUAAAGUGUUCAACAAAGAUAGAAUGACACUUAAAAAACAUUAAAACCACUUGUGUUUGCCGGAACAUUAUUCAAGCAAAAUGCAUUUUCCAAUUUAUGUUUUUACAACCAAAUAUAGUCUACCAAUUUAAACUAUUAAUUACAAUUAAUUAGCCAAACCGUUAAGAAGAUACAAUUACAAUCAUGGCUACGAAACAUAAACAUAUUUUCACUCGGUCCAAACCUCUGAUGAAUAUCUAUAGUGGAUUGGAUAAUCAAGGAAAAGAGGUUGAAGUACGAGAGGACGCUGAACAACUUGUUAAAUGGCAUGAGAUAUCCGAUGCUCUGGUUGCUGCCGGCUAUUAUAGAGCCCAAUUACAAGGGCUAUCAGCUUUUGAUAAAAUUGUUGGUGGUUUGACUUGGUGUAUUGAGUUAUGUGAUAUAGAUAUUGACAUCAAUCUUCUAUUUGAAGAGAACUUGACUAUUGGAAAAAAAAUAGCCCUCACCGAGAAGAUAGUCAAAGUAUUGCCAACAAUGAAAUGCCCUUUUAUUAUUGAACCUCAUCAAAUUCAGGGUUUAGAUUUUAUCAAUAUCUUCCCACUUGUACAAUGGCUUAUAAAGUACUCAAGUGAAUUUAGAGAGGCUAAAGAGGAAGAACUUCGCAUGUUUGCAGUAAUGCAAUAUGAAAAAGAUCAUAUAUUUGAAUCAGAUAGAAGACAUUAUAUUCAACAAGAAAAAAUAUUAAAAAAUCUCAUUAUGAUACAGAAUCUCUAUAAACCAUGUAGAGUGCGUAAAAGAAAAGGAGGUCUUCCAACAAAUGAUCUAGAGCAGGUAAAUGCAGUGCUAUCUGAGUAUGAUCAGCGUAUUUUAAUGCAUAUCUCUAAUAACAAAACUGAUUCACAGCCUGAUGAAGGACUUGAAGUACUGUAUGACUAUGAAAAAACACUUGCUGAUCCAUCUGAAAUUACAACAGAAACAGACAAAUACAUAGAACAUGAAAACAUAGAAAAAGAUGUUUCAGAUAUUAAAAUACAUUAUGCAGUUUUGCAAUCGGAGUUAACUGGAGAUCUUCCUCAGGAAUUAGAAGAAAAUGAAAAAAUUAAAUAUUCUAAUGAUAUUGAACAACUGUCAAAAGUUAUAGAUACUAUGGAAAAUGAAGUUGAAAAUGUAAGAAAGGAACAUGAAGAGAAAAUGGAUACAGCAAAAAAACAAUAUAGCACAGUGCUGAAUAAGUUACAAAGAAUCACUCGGAAGUUAAUAAAAACAGAUGAUUUUGCUGAUAAAAAGGCCAAGGAAUUUUACAAAUCCCUAAAAGAACUAGCAAGAGAAAGAAAUGACCUUAUGAAGGUCAUCCAUCACAGAGAACAGGAACAUAAGAAACUUCAAGAAGAAUUAAGUAUUGCCCAAGAACCUACAGCCAUAAUAGAAGAAGAGCCUCUAACUCCAGUAGAACUGAAGGAGUUCCAAGAAAGAGAAAAGAAGUUAAAAGACUUUAUUAGUAAGACGAAAGCGGAGUUGGGACAUUUGAACCGUCAAGUUUUAAGGUAUUCUGUGGCGAUUGACGAAGUACCUGGAACGGCUGAGUUAUUGCAGUACGAGAAACGUUUCGUAGAAUUGUAUAAUCAAGUUGCAUCAAAACAUAAAGAAACUAAACAGCAUUAUAUUUUUUACAACACCCUUUAUGAAGUGAAACUUUAUACAUCGAAGGAGUUGAGUCUACUUAAUUCAAUUUUGGAUAAUUAUGAAGAAGUAAUGUCAUCACCAAGAAAACGUGAGGAAUUUAUGACUCAAUUCGAAUCAAUAGUAGACUGGGUUAACCAAACCGUCCGUAAAGUCGAACACAAGUAUCAAACAGAGAAAGAACAAAAGGCAGCCCUUCACACGGAAUAUUCAAGGUUGAUGGACGUACAACGACAGUAUGCGGCCGCCUUAAAGAAAUUGGCUUCGGAGCGACAUCGAAUCGGUUCAGAGGAACAGUAAUGUGUUCAAUAACCUCAAUAUUAUUUAUAUUUAUAAGUGUUUGGUGCAUAAUGUAUGACAGUAAUAAAACCCCAAAUAUAUAUGCUUUUAAAUUUUAGAUGCAGACUGAAUACUUUAUUAGUAUACGUCAAUGUGACAUUGACAUAUGACAAUUUGUAACACUAUUGAAACGAUGUAUUUAUUUCAAUAUAUACCUACCAAUAACAGAUGCUUGAAAAAACAGGAUAUGAUUAAUACUUAUAUAAAAAUGCUUAUAUUCAUCCACUUACGUGUAGUUCUGUUCACGGAGUUUCAAGUUUUCUAUACAAAAAAGUAUUGUUACUAAUCUGUUAACUAUUCCAUUUUACGUUCGUUAGUUAAUGUCUGAAACUCAUUUACCCCUCAAAGGUACCUAAAGCUUAAGUCUCCUAAGGUGAGUUGCUAAUUUUCUAUUUGAUUUUUUGAUUAAGCAAAUCAAACUCAAAAUAACUUUAUUCAUAUAGGUUUACAAUACAUACAUUUUUUAUUCCUUAGCUCAGAGUAUAAAGGUCUUUAACUUACCGUUGAGAUCUUAUGAAAAUAUUAAAUAAUAAAUUAAUAAUACAAUAUUUCUUUGUAAACUUUAAUAUUCAUUAUUCAUGAAUGUAAAAAAUAUAUUUUUAUUCGGAAAAAUUGUCACAUUUUUUUUAAGUUAUAAAACUCGUCUUGUUGACGAGUUUCAAUUUAGUAAAG